CCAGCCAAUCAAACAAUGCCACGUAAUCGAUUCGUCAAACCGAAGCUCUGCAUCUCCAAAUCUCUCGCGCAAUUUUAUCUUAUCAUAUACAGGAAGACCCAUAUCGAAGCAAUGAUGUUGGGGAUUUUAAGGAGAAGAGUUUCUGCUGGAGGCUCGUCUUCUUCUAUUUUGAAGCAGUCCUUGCAGAGUGUUCGACCUGCAGCAUCUAUGCCUAGAGUUUCCUCUCUUCCUGAAAAGGAGAUUUUACUCCAACCAAGAGGUCUCGGGCAUGUCCGGAACUUCAGCCACCUCGUUUCAUCUGAUUGUUCGGUUGGUUCAAGGCCCAUUAGGACUGUUGCCGGCAUUGACUUCAUCGCUCCCAAGCAACUUUGGAGCAGGCCAUUUUCUUCAGAUAGUGGGGAUUUGGUUGACGCUGUCGUCCCUUUUAUGGGUGAAUCAAUCACUGAUGGAACAUUGGCAAAAUUCUUGAAGAAUCCUGGUGAUCGGGUGGAAGUUGAUGAGCCAAUUGCUCAAAUUGAGACAGAUAAGGUUACAAUUGAUGUGGCUAGUCCAGAAGCCGGUGUGAUAAAAGAGUUUGUAGCCAAAGAAGGGGAGACUGUGGAACCAGGUACAAAGGUUGCUGUUAUUUCGAAGUCUGGUGAAGGUGUAGCUCAUGUCGCUCCCUCUGAGAAAAUAACGGAGAAAGCUGCUCCUAAGAAGGCAUCUGCUCCUCCAGAAGAGAAACCAAAGCCAAAAGUUGAAACUGCUUCUCAAACAGAGAAGCCUAAAACACCAGCACCACCACCUAAGCGCUCAGCAUCAGAACCACAGCUUCCCCCCAAGGAAAGAGAAAGACGAGUUCCUAUGACAAGGCUCAGGAAAAGAGUUGCAACCCGAUUGAAGGACUCUCAAAACACAUUUGCUAUGUUAACGACAUUCAAUGAAGUUGAUAUGACUAACUUGAUGAAGCUUCGGUCUGAAUAUAAGGAUGCUUUUGUUGAAAAGCAUGGAGUUAAGUUGGGUCUCAUGUCUGGAUUCAUAAAGGCUGCUGUAAGUGGGCUCCAGAACCAGCCUAUUAUUAAUGCAGUCAUUGAUGGGGAUGAUAUAAUAUAUAGAGAUUAUAUAGACAUCAGUAUCGCUGUUGGCACUCCAAAGGGACUUGUUGUCCCAGUUAUUCGCAAUGCCGAUAAGAUGAAUUUUGCUGAGAUAGAGAAGGAGAUCAACACCCUUGCUAAGAAGGCAAAUGAUGGAACCAUCUCAAUUGAUGAGAUGGCGGGAGGUUCAUUUACAAUAUCUAAUGGAGGAGUUUAUGGAAGUCUUUUGAGUACACCCAUCAUCAACCCUCCUCAGUCGGCUAUUUUGGGCAUGCACUCGAUAGUGAGCCGUCCAAUGGUGGUUGGAGGAAAUGUUGUACCCAGGCCAAUGAUGUAUAUUGCUCUCACAUAUGAUCAUAGGCUGAUUGAUGGAAGAGAGGCAGUUUUCUUCUUGCGCCGUAUCAAAGAUGUGGUGGAGGACCCACGCAGGCUGCUGCUUGACAUUUGAGAAUCAACCUUCAAUUUCUUGCAAUUUCUUCAGUACCUAGGAGACGGAUAUACUUUGUUGACAGGAAUAAUACACUUUGAUAUCAAAGUUUUGUAGUUUUUUAUUAUCUUCUCAAUGAUUCAACUUUUGUAAUGAGUUCUUCAACAGCGGCUUGCCUUGAUUUAAUUGAAAUCAAGAGAUGGUACAUGCGUUUUUUUUUUGACACUGCACGAAAUGAUAUGUUUUUAAGAAACUUGCUUUAUGGGCCACAGGCCAGUAAUGAAUCCAAAACUCUUAUGGAAUAUUAUCUUUUAUUCAUA